AUGGAUAUCGGUGAGGCUCUUCCGCCGGCAUUCAAGUUGAUUGCUUCUCUUGCACGGACCUCCAUUCCACUUCCACCGCCUCCACCGACUCCUCCAACAAAGAUCCAUUCUCUCUCGACUCCUUCUUCCACCUCCCGCCUACCCACGACCUCUUCAUUCGUGCCCACCGAACCCUAUAUCAGGACCGUCUACGCUCUCCUAAUCAUCCUAGUCUUCGUCAUUCUCAUCGUCUUCGGCCUCGUCGUCGCCGCAGUUUGCUACGGAAAAAGUGCGGAACGAAAGCGUCGUUCCUAUCUGAGCAGAACGAAUUUGGCACCCAAAUAUGUAAUCUCCAUCACGAAGAUCGAGCUGGAAACGGAAAAGGAGGAGACGGAAGAGUCGGCCGAAAGCUCGAGAAGAGCAUGA